GCACAUAAACCUGUGAAUUCAUGCUAUAAAAAUCCUAUGGAUAUAAUGCUACCCACAAGUGCUCAACAGAGUCAAGAAUAGAGAAACUCUCCUCCAAUUACAAGGAAAGGAGAUCGAAGCAAUGGGGAGUGAAUCCGAAAGUGCCCAAAGCAGUGCAAGAUUAAGGAUUAUGGAGCUAGCCAACAUGAUUAGCGUACCCAUGUCCUUGUGUGCCGUCAUUCGACUGAAUGUCGCCGAUGCCAUUUGGCAAGGUGGAUCCAACGCGCCGCUCUCCGCCACCGAAAUACUCUCCACCGUCCUCCCUUCCGGCGGCGGCGACGCCCUGAACCUCCAGCGCAUCCUCCGCAUGCUCACCAGCUACGGCGUCUUCCACGAGCAUAUAAAUGCUGAUGCCUCAGAGAGAAGGUAUUCGCUGGGUGAGGUGGGCAAAACCCUAGUGACUGACAAGGAUGGGUUAUCAUACGGAGCGUAUGUGCUGCAGCACCACCAGGAUGCGCUGAUGAAGGCGUGGCCGCUGGUGCACGAGGCGGUGGUGGAUUCCUCGUCGGAGCCGUUUGUGAAAGUCCACGGCGAGGAGCCGUACAAUUACUACGGGAAGAGGCCGGAAAUGGUCAGCCUAAUGCAGAAGGCCAUGUCCGGAGUUUCUGUUCCGUUCAUGAAGGCGUUCCUUGACGGCUACCAUGGGUUCCAAGGUGUAACGCGAUUGGUGGAUGUGGGAGGGAGCACCGGAGAUUGCCUGAGGAUGAUCUUGGAGAAGCAUCCUAGUAUUACACAAGGAAUUAACUUCGAUUUGCCCGAGGUUGUUCAGAAUGCUCCCAACAUUCCUGGUAUAACCCACGUUGGUGGUGACAUGUUCAAAUCCAUACCUAAUGGUGAUGCCAUUUUUAUGAAGUGGACGUUAACAGCAUGGUCGGAUGAAGAGGUGAAGGCGGUGAUGAACAGCUGCUAUGGUGCACUUCCAAAGGGAGGAAAGUUGAUUGUUUCCGAGCCAGUUUUGCCCAUCGAAACUGACGACUCUCAAAGAACACGACUCCUCCUUGGAUCAGACAUCUAUAUCAUGACAAUGUAUAGGGCCAAGAGAAAACACUGGACCGAGGAAGAGUACCGGCAGCUCGGUCUGUCGGUCGGGUUUCGCAGCUGCCGGGCGUUCUACAUAGAUUUCUUCUUUGCCGUCUUAGAAUUUCUCAAGUAACAGAGCUAAGAUAUUAUCUCUAUCUUCUAGUUUGUGGCUCUGAUCUAAUAAUGCGUUUGCUAAGAUAUUAUCUCUAUCUUGUAGUGUGUGGCUCUAAUAAUGCCUUUGCUAUCUCUGUCUUGUAGUUUGUGGCUCUAAUGCCUUUGCUAGCUCUAAUGACAAUAAAAGUGUGUUCAAAUAAUUGGCAGUGAUAAUAUGUUCUAAGUA